UGCAAAGAGUGGUGAUGGAGAAAAGAAUAGAGUAAUGGAGGGAGAGAGGGGCAAAAAUGUAAAAUCCUUGCAAGCAUAACAUGGAAUGGUGUGGGAGGGAAAGUACAUUUUUAGCAACUUUGCCUUCGAUAGGAAAGUAGAGAAUGAGGAAAACAGUCCAGCGACCGAGCGACUGAGUGAGUGAGUGAGUCAGUUACUGAGUGACUCGCUCCUGUCUUCUCUCUGUCCUUCUUUCUUCCUUCCUUCUCCAUUCUCUCUCUGGUUUUCUUUUCUUUUCUAACCCGUUUCAGAAGCCUCGCUCCGACACAACACAAUAACAACAGAGAAAACCUCUGUGUCUGUCACAGAAACAAAGACAUAACACAAGUGAAGAAGCAGAGGGAAAGGAGGAAAAGAGAGUGGUUCGGUUGAGUGUUGGUCUAAUGGGAGAAACCGGAAUCAUUGUCCGGUUGGACCGGUUGGAAGGAAGCUUAGACCCAAGAGCCGAAGAGUUCAGACCAAGCAUGAGCAACCCCGUCAUUCAAUGCCAAUGGUACCCUAUUCCUCUCCCUCUACCCUUACCGUUACCUUUACCCUUCCCACACCCUCUUCCUCCUCCUCCGCCUCCUCACCUCUCCACCUCCUCCACCCGCUCCCUCCUCCUCACGCCGCUCCCCUUCACCUCCGACUCCGCCCUCCGCGCCGAACUCCAGGCCUUCGGCGACGUCAGAGCCCUCCAAACGGAAGCCCUCCGCCACGGAAUCCUCAUCGUCCACUUCUACGACCUCCGCCAUGCAGAGUCCGCCUUCGCCGCCAUCCGCUCCAUGCACCACCACUUCCCUCAGGUCGCCCCCGCCUCGCCAGGCCUCCUCUCCGCCCGCCCCAUCUCCGCACACUACGUGCUCCCCUCCUCCUCCUCCAUCCCCGACGCCCACAACCAAGGCACCCUCGUGGUCUUCAACUUAGACCCUCACAUCUCCACCGACCACCUCCGUCGACUCUUCCACCCUUUCGGUCCCAUAAAGGAAUUGAGAGAUACGCCAUGGAAAAAGAACCAAAGAUUCGUGGAGUUCUUCGACACCAGAGACGCUGCCAAGGCCUUGAAACACAUGAACGGCAAGCAAAUCCACGGGAAACCCAUCAUCAUCGAGUUCAGCAGACCCGGUGGUCACACUCGCAAAUUCUUCCACCACUCUCCUUCCUCCAAAACCACUCCUCUCGAUUUCAAUGCCCCACCACCACCCUUCCAUCCUUCCCCGCCUCGUCGUUUUGCUGCUCCUCGCUUGCAUGCCUCUCACCCUCAAUUCUCUCGCAAUAAAUCAUUGCCAAGUCCCGUCAAGGUCCAAGAUUCUGUGGAUGAGGCAAUUGGGUCAAUCACUUUGACCGGGGAUGUUGGAAAUGGGGUUCAAGACCAGCACCACUCACAUGCUGGUGGCCCCCCUAGGAGGAAUCUUACCAGAAAGCAGAAUUGCGAGACCACGCUAGUCGUAGCAACCACAAAGCAGCAGCAGCAACAACAACACCCACAGCAACUACCUAGAAGUAGGCACUGGAAGGGAAAGCAGGCAAAAAAACUCGAAGCUCGCUUUCUAAUUAAAGAGGAUGCCAUUGUCGAAUCUGGUCCCAAAGAUACUCGAACCACUGUCAUGAUCAAAAACAUUCCCAACAAGUACAGUCAGAAGUUGCUAUUGAACAUGCUGGAUAAUCACUGCAUACACUGCAACGAGCAGAUAGAAGACGGCAAUGAGCAGCCUCUAUCCUCCUACGACUUCGUGUACCUCCCCAUUGAUUUCAACAACAAGUGCAACGUGGGAUAUGGGUUCGUGAACAUGACAUCCCCGGAGGCCACACUCAGGCUCUACAAGGCCUUCCAUCUUCAACAUUGGGAGGUUUUUAACUCAAGAAAAAUAUGUGAAGUCACCUAUGCAAGAGUUCAGGGUUUGGAGGCAUUGAAGGAGCACUUUAAGAACUCAAAGUUCCCAUGCGAGAUGGAGCAUUACCUGCCAGUGGUGUUUACACCACCUCGAGAUGGCAGGGAACUCACCGAGCCACUUCCCUUAGUGGGGAACAGCACCAACAAGCAGCAUCAACCACCCGUUUCACUUCCGAACUGCGAUGAUAAUGGCGGUGAUGACGUGGAAAGCAGCAAAAGCGGCGACGUAGGCGACGACGAUGAUGAUGAUGAUGACACGAAUGCAGAGGUUGGUGGUGAAGGAAGCCUAGAAGAAGACUAUGAAGGGUAGAAUAGUAGUAUUGUUGUGAUUGUGAAUGAAUCGAUAAAAAAAACGUGUGAUAGAAUGAAUUUAGCAUCAGCUAGCUCAGGCAGAAGGUGGUUGAGCAACGAGCCACACCUGUGUUCUCUCUCUCUCUCUCUCUCUUUCUCGUCGUGUUCGUACCUACGAACCUCUUGCUGCUCACUGCUCACCUUUCCUCCAAUUUCUUCAUUUUUUUUUUCUUUAAUGCUCUUUUUUUUUCAGUCUAGUGAUAUUUCAUUUUCUCUUUUGAAUCGCCUGUGUAGCCCUGUAGGUUCUGCUGCUUAAGAUGUAGUGUUUUACUUUGCUUUGGAAUUUCGUUUUCAAGAAUAUCAAUGUAUCAUUUAUAGAUA